CUGAAACACAUAUGGCCUUCCAUUGCAUACAUUGUCUAUCCAGGGCUUGACAAUUAUUUCCAGGACCUCAAUGUAGGCAGCAAAAUUAACCCUAACAAAAACUAUUACAGCUGGCAACAUAGGCAGUCCAUCGGCCUUUUUGGCCAGAGGCACAUAACCUGUUUGCUAAUGGAGGUAAGAAUUACAGUCUUGGUCAACCAGGGUUGUGGAAAAAAAAAAAUCCUAAAACGAAAUUCUUUGCAGCAAAGACCUAGCGUGAGAUGGAGUUAGUUUUUCUUUUUCUUUUUGCUUAGAAAGCAGAAAUUUUUUUUUUUUUUUUCAACUGUACAGGAAGUUAUUCAUUCCACUAAAAAAUUCUUCAAGGCAGUUGCCCCAGCAUGGCCACAGUAUAAUGACUGAAACAACGAAAUAAGUAAAAGCUAAGAUAUCAAUAACCGGUUUGAUUCGGUUUUGGAAAUGAGUCACCUUCCUUUGUUAUCUAUUGGAAAACCCCCAGCUUUUACAGGUUUUUAUGUAAAACUGACAUUCAUAAUUAAUGUUAAAUGGUGAAGGUGCAAUGGUCCAGUGGUUAGGGCAGCGGACUCGCCAAGAUUUAGAACCAAUAUAGUCCUAAGUAUUGAUAUGUCUGAAUAAAAGAUGGAAUGGUCACAUCUGGACUGUCUGCUGAGUUGGAGCUAACCAACAGCAAAAACAAAUCAAUAGACAUCACAUUAGAUAAUGUAGUCCCAGAUACACUAUGUCUCAGCAAAAGAUGGGAUGGUCACGGUUUGAACAUCUUGGAUCAUAGGAUUGCAGUUUCGAUUCCCAGACCGGGCGUUGUGAAUGUUUAUUGAGCAAAAACACCUAAAAGCUCCACGAAGCUCCGGCAGGGGUUGGUGGCGAACCCUGCUGUACUCUUUCACCAUAACUUUCUCUCACUCUUUCUUCCUGUUUCUGUUGUACGUGUAUUUUUAAAAGGGGCCAGUCUUGUCACACACACAGUGUGUCGUGCUGAAUCUCCCCCGAGAACUACGUUAAGGGUUACACGUGUCUGUGGAACGCUCAGCCACUUGCACGUUUAAUUUCACGAGUAGGCUGUUCCGUUGAUCGGAUCAACUGGAACCCAAUCGUCGUCGUAAGCGACGGAGUGCCAUAGUAGAAUGUUAGACUGUCAGUUCACAGGUCAGUGCACACAUGGCAAUAGCUGCAAAUGAUUAUGUUUAUAAGGAAGGAAAGCAGGAAGGAAGAAAGGAUGGCUGGAUGGUUGGAUGGAUGGAUGUGUAUAUGCAUGGCUGUUGUAUACUAAUGUGUAUUGAUACAAGCAUACACAUGUGUGUGUGGUUUGAUAAGUGCCACACACAGACUUAUACUCACACACACACUCACACGCACUUAUGCACUCAUACACACACUCACCCCCACAUACACACACACACCCUCAUACACUUACACAAACACACCCUCACAUACUCACACACACUCACACUCACACACACUCACUCACACUCACCCCCACACACACACACACCCUUCAUCACAGUGACAAUCAGUUAUAUCGAUCUGUGUUCCUCACCUUCCUGACACAAACCAACUGCAACCACGUCCGGCUCUAUCUCUCGAUACAUCUCAGCUUUUCUAUAUCUCAGACACUAACAAAACCAAGCAGGGGAAACAUUUUAUCAACAAAUUACUAAACAAAAAUAAUAAAAAAAGAUAAAAACACCAAAAAAAAAAAAAACAACCAACCAAAAUUUUACCGAUUCGAUGGGUAGGAAGAAAUUUUGCCCUGUUAUCAUAUAUUUCUUAUAUUAAAUUUCAUUAAUUUAUGUAUUUCUUACAUGACUAAACUAAAUUAUUCGCUAAGGUUAUCUCUCCAGAUAUUCUAUAGAAAUUAUAACCAGCACUGAGUUUUGUUACAACGUUUCGUAUUGAAUAUCUGUAGAGAUAAACUUAGUAAGUAAUAUAAAGAGCACUGCUAACACAGUAGAAUGAGGUAUUGACUUAUAAAAACGUUUAAAAUACUUUGUGGUCCAUUAUGGAUGCAUUAUGAAAGACUGCACGUCUGCAAGUGAUUAAUAGACUAAAUUAUAUCUGGAUUAUCUUCUCAUUUGUUUUUCACUGGGAUUCUGAGCUUUGGAUGUGAAGUAGGAAGCGACACAGGAAUUGCUGAGAAUUAAGACAGCGUUAUUGAAGUUGUUGUUGCUGCUGCUGUUGUUGUUGUGGUGUUUGUUGUUAUUUAGUGUUAGGUCGGCCUCGGAUGAACAGCUGUGUCGUGAUCAAAAAAACCCUACACAGCCAGGACUGGAUUAAUGGUUUUUAAGAAAACCAGUUUGUGGUAACGGCGUCAACACCAUUGAGGGAAAAGAAUAACCACAGAGUACCACGGAGUACCACAGAAUACCACGGAGUACCACAGAGUACCAGAUUUACAUUUUGAGAUACCAAUGGUUUCAUUGAACCAGCCAAACUUCAAAAAGUGUUGAAAACUUCACCAUUUUUUCCCCCAGUUUCUUUUGCAGCGAGCCGGUCGUCACUGGUUUCACCGGCACCGUCAGUCAAAUGAUCAACAGCUGCUCGACCUCAACGACGAAUCACCAUCUGCAUCACCCAUAGAAGACGGAAUGGCCCUGAAACUGUAUAACAAAACGCUGCUGUCGACGCCAGACAGGGACCAAAACGUGUACUGGGCCGACUUUGAAUAUUCAAAUUUCAGUGAGGGCAAGAGGAAGUUCAUCUUCUUGGGGGUCCUGAAUGGUAAAGGCCCCAGAAAGGGAGAAUUGUGUUCUAUUAAGACAUUCAAAGACCGAAUCGGUGACUACGAGGACUGGCGGAAGGAGAUUACGAAAUGCAAGCAGGCAAACGAUUUAGCUCAGCAGUUCAACCUGUGCUCGGCCGAUGAGCGUAAGAUCUUCUUUGAGGUGCCCAUCAUUGCUGAAAUGGAUAUGCUGUCACACUGCACCCAGCUGAUACAGAAGGUGACCCGCAAGAAGAUUUUCGUCCUUGAAGAAUGCAUCGCCAUCGAACCGUUUCUGAAAGGAAGCUUUCAGAAAUUCAGCAGCACUUACUCACCGUAUUACACAUGUAAUGGCGGGGGUGAUGGUGCCAACAUCACGGCACCAACAGCGAAUUACAACGGCACUGGCUACGGAAAACACGCGAAGGGCAAAGGUGCCAGCACAACCAACACAUAUGCAAACAAUUUGGCCUUUGCCGAAGCCUUCUCGCAUUACACCUACUGGUACACGAAGGGUCGCAUGGUGGUCGACGACCUGCAGGGCGUCAUACAGGACGCGAAUCACUUCCGGUUGACUGAUCCAUCGAUACACUCGGUCAAGCUCUCAUACGGACCAACGGACAAUGGUCAAAAUGGCAUCACGGCUUUCCUUUCUAAACACAGAUGCAACAAGAUUUGUGCCAAUUGGUUUCUCAAUCAGCAACACUGAUAAAAAACGAAUGCAAGAGUUUAGGAUCAGCCUUCUGAUUGGUUGGUAAAAACACACCACUAGUCAACUAUUUUUCUUCGUUUUCUCCUCCCCGCCUCACCUUUGUUUCAGUCGUUAGACUGUGGCCAUGCUGGGGCACCACCCUGAAGGUUGUUUAGCUGAACAAAUCAACCCCAGUAUAUCUUUUAUUUUUUACUUGUUUCACUCAUUGGACUGUGGCCAUGCUGGGGCACCACCCUGAAGGUUGUUUAGCUGAACAAAUCAACCCCAGUAUAUCUUUUAUUUUUUACUUGUUUCAGUCAUUGGACUGUGGCCAUGCUGGGGCACCACCUUGAAGGGUUUUAGCUGAACAAACCAAACCCAGUAUAUCUUGUUCUUGUUCUUGUUUCAGUCAUUGGACUGUGGCCAUGCUGGGGCACCACCUUGAAGGGUUUUAGUUGAACAAAUCAACCCCAAUAUAUCUUUUAUCUUUUACUUGUUUCACUCAUUGGAUUUUUUGCCAUCAAAUUUGAUUGCAAAGAAUUCAAACUAGAUCGAAAACAUCUAUAUUAUUAUUAUUAUUAUUAUUAUUAUUAUUAUUAUUAUUAUUAUUAUUAUUAUUAUUAUUAUUAUUAUCAUUUCAUUAACCUUAUUGUUAUUACAUGUUUCUCUUUUGUUUUGGUUUGGAUUUUUUCUUUUUCAGCAUGUAAAUGAACACAGCUCUGUGUGCCUUGAUCGUAGGCGGCAUUUUUUUGUUUUUGUUUUUUUGUUUUUCUUAUUAUUGUUGCUGUUUUAUGUACAUGCACGUACCCUACAAUCUGUACUCUACCAUCGGUCAAGUACUGGUGAAGUUUUUUUUUGAAAUGUGUGACCCUGUGCCAAUCUUCGGGAACCCCCUACUAAUUGUUAUUAUAACGGCAGCAAUAAUGGAACCAGUAGAACCACCAGACAAAAUAUUUGGCAGCAUUUAGAAAUGUUCUGGGUUCAAAUUCCAGUCAAGUUAAACUUUGCCGUGGGUUUUUGUUAGAAAUUAUCAUUGUUGUCAACAGCAUCAUCAACAUUAUCAUUAUUAUUAUUGUUAUUGUUGUUAUUAUUAUUAUUAUUAUUAUUAUUAUUAUUAUUAUUAUUAUCAUCAUCAUCAUCAUCAUCAUCAUCGUCAUCGUCAUUAUUAUUAUUAUUAUUCAGUGAAAAACUGAGGCAGAAUUUCUGUGGCUGAACACCCUUCCUGUCACCAACCCUCAAUUGUUUCUAAGUAAGGUAGUAUUGCCUCCAAUA